AUGCUAUCAGAUGCAUAUCCACUUGUCACACGAGAAGUCUUGAGAGAGCUGCGAUCGAGAUAUCCAGGCAACACAGUGGUGGAAAAGCUGGAGAAAACGAUUAUCAGGGAGCAUUGGCCGCGCUUGCAGGAAGACGACCUUCGCCAUGUGUUUGCAUUGAGAUAUCUCGUCAAAGAUGACAUACUUCAAGAUCUCAUUCAGAUCAUCGCGACGCAUCCAGCGUUCGAGCGCCUCGUUUCCAAAGCGUACGAUCCAUUCGCCAAGAUUACCGCUCCGUUGGAUUGUGAUCCGCCUACGGAUGGAGAAGAUGAGUACGAGGAUGAUUACACCGACCAGAGCGGAAGUCACUCUCGGCAACCACUGUACACGAAAGACACCCUAUUCCAGAUCAUCGACUGGAAGCCCCCGCUCUGGUGGAUUCCAGAGAAGGGAGAUCUUGACAGGAUCGCGAAAUAUGUUCCAGCCGCACCGGAACCUAUGAAAUUCCAUAAUGGUCGCUUCAAGAGAUUCAAAAGAUACUUCUCGGCAGCGGCAGCUGCCAUUCAAUUCCUCGAGCGCCUUACACCCCAAAAGCGUGCGCAAGUGCGCAAAAUUGUUAUCCAGGAAAAUUACACGGGCUUAAGACUCUCCCAGACUCACGCACGCGGGCUUGCUCCAUAUUUGCUCGAGAAUCCUAGACUUCGGAUAGAGCGGCGCGUCAACAGCUGGGGGACUGCGCUUGUCCGUAAUGACGAGCGUCCCUACGGUAUCGAGUACUGUCUCGCGGAUGUUGUAGCGUGGAUACACGAAGCAAGCAUGCCAUGGAUUAUGGAUCUGCCAACGGGUUCUUUCUCCUUGGUCUUACAUGGCCCUACUGAGGAAGCCAGUCAGCUUCUCUGCAAUGCCAUAAUCCGUGCUGCGAUAUGGCAGGACGGCGCUGAAAAACUGAAACUCAGGACGGCUCCCAUAGUCGAUGACUUCGUCGACAUUAUAAAGGCGGUGGUGCGCGGCGAUGUUCCGGUGCGUUUCGAGGCGGACAUGCACGAGCUAUGGGAUAUAGACAAGAUCCUGCGCGAGCAUUCCGGCCGGUGGCCCUGCGCAGUUGAGAAUCGCAUUUCGUUCCUCCAUUUCGAUAUGCCUUAUGCGGGCUGGGAUGCGGUUCGCUCAGAGUAUAUGGAGGAGUUCGUGUGGACGGACAGGCUGGACGGGUGGGAUCUGAUGGUAGAAAGAUGUCAGCUGGCCGACGAAGAUUGA